ACGUAAUGACGGUGUCUUGGUCAUAAUUCAGCCGAGAUCGCCAUAGUUCGUCUGCUGACGUCAUCGAUGGCCAUUUCGAGCGCCUUUCAUGCCGACAACGUCGAAACUCCGAUGCUAGUCAACACCGUCGACGGCGCCGUCGAUUACAGAGGUCGUCCUGCUUCCAGAUUUGAUUCUGGUGGUUGGAGAUCAGCGGCUUAUAUCAUAGGUGUGGAAGUGGCAGAGAGGUCAGCUUACGGUGGGAUCGUGUCGAACCUCGUAACAUUCCUGACUGGACCGCUGGGACAGUCAACGGCCACGGCUGCCGCCAACGUCAACUUUUGGGACGGAACGGCGUCGUUGCUGCCUCUUUUGGGGGCUUUCGUUGCCGAUUCUUUUCUCGGCCGCUAUCGCACCAUCACGUUGGCUUCUUUUCUAUAUAUUUUGGGACUAGGUUUGUUGACUCUCUCAGCUAUUCUGCCUUCUCUGAUUGGAUUUGAAUGCCAAAGCCACAAACUCAUACCCUGUUAUUCUCCUCAGCUCCAAGUACUUUUGUUCUUCUUUUCUCUGUAUGUAGUAGCGGUUGCCCAAGGUGGACACAAGCCAUGUACUCAGGCUUUUGGAGCUGAUCAGUUCGAUGGUCAAGAUCAAGAGGAGUGCAAGGCCAAGAGCUCAUUCUUCAACUGGUGGUAUUUCAGUCUAUGUGCAGGUUCUUCAGUAACAGCUUCAAUUCUAAACUACAUCCAAGACAACCUGAGUUGGGCUCUUGGAUUUGGGAUCCCUUGUAUGCUGAUGGUCAUUGCAUUGACUGUUUUCUUGCUUGGAACUUCAACUUAUAGGUAUAGCAUUCCACAGAAUGGGAAAGGUCCCUUUAUGAGGAUUGGCAGUGUAUUUGUUGCAGCAUUUAGGAACUGGCAAAGAAGUACCCCAACUACCACACCAACUGAACUGGAAUUUCAAGGGUUUUUGCCUCACCAAAAGUCUCAACAAUUCAAAUUCCUUGACAAAGCCUUGCUUGCCCCAAAUCAUUUGAAUGGAGAUGGCAGUGUCUGUACCAUAGCCGAGGUUGAAGAAGCAAAGGCUGUACUUAGGCUUUUUCCAAUCUGGGGUACUUGUUUGAUAUAUGCCAUUGUGUUCUCACAGUCCUCAACUUUCUUUACAAAGCAAGGAGUUACCAUGGAGAGAACAAUUUACGGACGCUUUAAAAUACCAGCGGCUUCACUUCAAUCCUUCAUUGACAUUGGCAUCCUUAUCACUAUUCUCAUUUAUGACCGCAUUUUUGUUCCAUUAACAAGAUCUUACACCAGAAAUCCAUCUGGCAUCACAAUGUUACAGAGGAUCGGAACUGGAAUUUUCAUAUCUGUCUUCUCAAUGAUUGUUUCAGCUGUAGUUGAGAUGAGAAGGCUUAGAACUGCUCAAGUAUAUGACCUAGUUGACAAACCAAGUGAGACGAUUCCGAUGAGCGUGUGGUGGUUGGUACCUCAAUACCUCCUGUUUGGAAUAGCUGAUGUUUUCACGAUGGUUGGUCUCCAGGAGUUCUUCUACGACCAAGUCCCAACAGAACUAAGAAGCAUAGGACUUGCCCUUUACCUUAGUGUAUUUGGUGUUGGGAGCUUCAUAAGUAGCUUUCUUGUCUCUGCCAUUGAGAGGGCAACUGGUGGGGUUGGCCGAGAUAGCUGGUUUUCUAAUAACCUGAACCGAGCUCAUCUCGACUACUUCUAUUUGCUACUUGCUGGACUUAGUCUAGGAGGAUUCGCUGCGUACUUUCAUUUUGCUAGAUCUUACAUAUAUAAUAGAAGGGGCACAUUGUAAGUGGUCUGUUCUCCCACUAUGGUACAAAUGCAAAUUGUGUUUAUACUGAACUUUGCCAAGACUGUAAAUUUCUUCAAUUGUAAUAAUAUUCAAUAACAACUUCAAAAGUCCAUAUGCCUCCAUUUGUAUGAAUCAAGUUACCAACUUGAGAAAAGACACCAACUGCCUCUCUGUACCAGCUACUUUUAUGGUUGUUCAUAAGGUAAUAAUUUAUUCCAUCAAGAUAUUGUUUUUUUCUUUUUUC